UAAUAAUUUAAAUUACACAGAAAAAAAAAAAGAAAUGAAAAUGUCAAUGAAAAAUUUUUUAUAUAUAUUUGUGUUUGUAAUUGUGGCGAUAAAUGGCAUUUGCGCCCACGUCGAAGACAACGAAGUCGAUGAUGUACCCGAAUAUCACAUGCUUCAGGGUGUUAAGGUGUAUCAAGGAGAUCGCCAAUGUGUAUUAGUUGGUGGACUUUGCGUACAUAGCAGCGACUGCAACGAACCAACUACCACUAGAGGAUUGUGCCCAACGAAUUCUCAUCGCGGUGUGGAAUGUUGCUAUGAAUUGCCACUAAGACCAGCUCCUUGUACGCAACAUUUGGGAGAGUGCAUGGACAGAUGCCAUAAGACUCUAAUGCGGCCCGGGACGGAUUGCCAGAAUGGACAAGUUUGUUGUGUGUUAGUUUAAAAUUAUGCCUUAAGAUACAGUGAAAAGCUUUAAAUAUAAAGGAAAUUAUAACAAAUAUUGUUAAUUUUAAGCUUUAUUUAAUUUGCCUAUAUUUUAUAUGUUUUCUAAACUUUUAUA